AUGUCUCGGCUUAGACCGCCUCAAGGCGUACUGACGUGCUUGUGCCUCGUCGCUCUCUCACUCUGCCUGGCUCCCUUGACCAUCGCGCAGUGCGUCUUUUUCUACCUCCGAAUGCAGCAUCGAUGCAGCAGCGAUGCUGCGCAAGCUAGACGAUCUGCUGGUCGCAAUGGCAGACAAGAUGCGUCGCUAGGACCCAUCGCGCUGGUGAAUGGUGGAAAGAUGCAAAAGGCGCUGUACGUCGUUCGUGCGCUUCAUAGGCAAGGAUAUCGAGUGGUCUUGGUCGAAGAGCGUGGAUGGGGGUGAGUGGCGGUGGGUUGUCAUGAUGCGCACGCCUUUCGCCGCUCCGAGUAUGCACUCAUCAUGCCCGAGCCUGCCAUGUGAAUGCCCAUCACAUCGUCAGGGAGCUUUGCGCUACUCGAUUCUCAAACAGCGUGCAUCGUUUCGAACUGGUGCCGGGCGGAGGGGGCCAAGCGUACAUUGACGCUCUGGUGGAUCUGGCCAUUGGAUUGAACGCAAAGUUGUUCAUCCCAUGUAGCGGCGCUGGCACCACGAUCGAAGAUGCCAAGGCUGCCGAGCUGAUGAGGGCUAGGGCCAAGAUUCGAACGUUGAUUCAGGAUGCCGAUUUGGCCGAGGCUCUGCACGAAAUGGUGAGCUGGUCAGCAAGUGCGAUGCACGCUGGCUUGCUUUUCUCCCAGUGCGCUGACCAGCUGCGGUGUGCCGCCUUCGCAAGGAUCGAUUUGUCGAUCUGGUGCACGAGCUAGGCCUUCAAGCUCCCACUUCCACCAUGCUGCACACCCCAGACGAAGCUCUUGCUCAUCUGCGCGCACAAGACGCUUCACGAGGCGGCGUCUUGCUCAAGGCUGCCACCGUUCUCGACGAUGUGGGUCGGUCCGACAUGACGACUUACCCGCUUCAAGAUCGCGACGGAAAAGUUGACUGGGAAGCUACGGAAAGGAGGAUCAAGUCGGGAUUGAGCAUACCCCUUUCAAAGAACACGCCAUAUGUUGCGCAGGAAUUCAUCGGCGGGGAAAAUGCUUCUGAAUGGUGCACGCAUGCCACGGUGUGGAAUGGCAUCAUUACCGCCUUUGUCUGCUGCCCUAGCGUGAGCCUUGCAUCGCGUACGAGAGAGUAGUUACAUUCGUAGAUUGACAUGGCCGCCUUCAAUAUCCGAUAUCCACAGAACGACCUCUUGAUGACGUACCACGACGCGACGCAAGCUCGAAUCGGUCAACUAGCACUUCAAUGGACGCGCGAUUUUCUAGCGCGUCUCUCAUCACAUCCAAAAUGGUCUUUCACCAGACUGACCGGUCAAUUCUCCAUGGACUUCAUCUAUCAGCCCGCCAGGCAGAGAUUAGUGGUGAUCGAGUGCAAUCCGCGCGUACAUACCGCCAUCUGCUUGCUGAGGGAACGAACGGAGCUGGGUGGAGCUCUGGAUGGGGCUCAAGAUGAGCUUAUAGUGCCUAAUGAAGGGACUCGGACGGUCUCGUGGGUCGGUCACGACAUCUUUGCCAGGCUCCUACCUAGCGUACUUUCCCGCAGUAUAGUCGAACAUCUCUACGGCUCAGCGGGUCUGCAGUCCUCCGCACCGACGAGGUUUGUGCCGUCCAACAAGGACCAAAGGGGACACGCGGAUCGCUUCUACGACUUGGAGCAGGUGGGACUGGACGGAGCAUGGGACGAAGAGGACCCUUUGACCUAUUUUGCCCUGUACCAUAUCCAAUGGCCAGCGCUUCUACUUCGACAGGCGCUCUUGCGGCGCAAAGCCUUUUCUCGCAUCAAUGUCAGCACGGCCAGGAUAUUCGAAUGUUAA